UCGUUGUGGCGGCUGAAGGAAGAUGACGAAAGGAACAUCCUCCUUUGGAAAGCGUCGCAAUAAGAUGCACACUUUGUGCCGUCGAUGUGGGUCCAAGGCCUAUCUUCUCCAGAAGUCCACCUGUGGAAAAUGUGGAUAUCCUGCUAAAUGCAAGAGAAAGUAUAACUGGAGUGCUAAGGCCAAGAGACGCAAUACUACCGGAACUGGGCGUAUGAGGCAUCUCAAAAAGGUCUACCGCAGAUUCAGGAAUGGAAUCCGUGAAGGAACAGCGCCAAAGCCCAAGAGAGCUGCUGUUGCAGCAUCCAGCUCAUCUUAAGGACUCAAAUGUCUUUCUAA